AUGAAUACCAAGAAGCGUGGAUCAACAUUCAGUAAAGGUGUGGUCGCAUUGUUGACUCUACGUCAACCUGGUGGUUAUUUCCAGCUUCGCCACCCGCCUGUUCUACAUGAGUCCAGGACAGGGUGCCUUUCGACAACGCUCGCAUUUGGCAGCUCCAGUUUCACCACUACGACAACGAUCGAUGAUUUCGGCGGUGAUGAUCAAGCUAUGCUAAUUCGUAUCUCCUCGUACACCCUCGAGAAUCGGAAACGCAAGGACAGGAUACCAAGGCAUCGUCAAGACCUUUGUGAACAGUACAGAUGGCAACUUGUCUCCAUUCGCUACUAUGCGUCCGCUAUUGUACAUCAUCCAGGACGUACAGAGGAUCAAACGAAGGAUGACUUCAGCGUCGUGUACAGUAGUGGUAAUCCUAGUAUGUUUGUCUCUUCAAAAUAUGAAGCUCAACUCAACACUGUAGAGCACAAGAUGAAUCAGUACUCCCAUCCGACACCCAAUAUGGGACAACUACUGCCUAUGUCACAGCCAAUGGUCGAGUUUUCAGACAACUGGUGCCAGACACGGGCAUUUCGCCUAUCUAUCCCUCCGACAAGUCUGACCUUCUCGCCCUACACAGGCCAAGAUCACAUGCGAGAAUUUGGAUCGCAACAAUUUACGUCUACCGACCCCGACUCGUGUUGGGAAGGAGACUCAAGCACCGAGUCGUUAUCUGACACGUACACCGACCCUGACAUUGAGGCGAAUGAAGGCAUCGAGCCAGGCACUGGUGAAGAUGCGGGUCUCGUGCUGGAUAAGGAUCUAGACCCCCACUUAGAAUCUGAAGCUGAAGAGAUACUGGAGGACAUUGCCCAACUGAGGACGGAGGGGCCAGCAAAGCCAAACCAUACCAAGCAAACGACGAAGCUAUGGAAGAGGGAAGGCGAGCACUGGGAGAGGUGA